CCAAUACUUCUACGAAUUAGAAGAAAAGUACGAGGUACUUUACUUGACUCGUGAUGACAGGGAAUUAGAAGUGAAACAAAUCAGGGUAAAACGAAGGCUACGGAGCAGGGAUACUUCGGUUUAUUCGAACCCAUCUUGGAGAUCAUACCGUAAACCGGGCAUCACCACAACAACACUACAAGUACGCAACGAUGGAUUGGGACAUGAACCAGGAGCUCUUCGAGGAGGAAGAGUCCGAAUUUGAUGAUGUUUCUGAGAUUUCUGAGAUCGAUCUUGUUACUGAGGUCACGAAAUUGAACUUCGAGAUCGAUGAUGAGAUCACGAAAUUGAACUUCGUUUGUGAUAUUGAGUCCGACAACGAAGGUGACUACUGCGAGGACAUUGAUGCUGGUUCCAGUGCCGUUCUCGCGACGAACUACGACACGAUAACGCCAGGAAAGAACGGAAGAAACCCCCGGACGAGCAACCGCCACCAGAACGAGGCGAGCCGCAACGGAUUUGAGAUCAAGGGUCCCCUUGUUCUCUGGGACGACGACGACGAUGACGUGUAUGGCGGCUCGUUCCCCCUUUCUUCUGCAAACGCGUCGGGAUGCAACGCCCACGGAGUCGUCCACGUGCGGUUGCUCCGGGCCAGGAACCUACCCUGUCCGGUGGGGUCGAGCGUCGGCGCAACGAUUUCCCUCAAUCCCUACAAAGGAAAGGUCAAGAGCUCCCGCUCCAAGGCCUUUCCGGGGAACUUACUCGACCACGGUGUGUGUGUCCGGUGGGGGAGGGAACCAAGGCAGCCGAGAGCAUUCACGGAGCACUAUCGCAACGGCAGCAAUCACAAUUCCCAAUACCGCGACAGCAUUUUGAGGGACGACGACGAUGGGGAAGAGGACGACGAAAACAUAUUGUCCAUGGUGAACGCUUGGAACGGGCCGAGCUCGCCGGUGCCGUCGAUCAACAUCGAUCUGACCUUUAGCCCACUCGGGCUGGGAAUAUUUGACUUUACCAUGGCAUCCAUCGAACUCUCCUCCGAGGUGUUGAUCCAAAGGCCCCGGGUUUGGAGGACACGCUGGUGUCCCAUGAAGGUGAAUGCGUCGUCCUUGUCCCAGACCAGCUACCACCACAACUACAACGACGAUCCCUUCCUUCGGAUCCAAGCGCUCUUCGAGCCCAGUGUUUCGUCCGGUGGUCCCUUGGAACAUAAGGUGCUUCCGUCGCUAUCGCAAACACAGGUAUCGUCGUCGACAAAACAACGAACAAACGAACAGAAAUCGGCAACAAUAUCUCCGUCACCGCCUCUGUCGGGAAGAACCCUGCUCAUUGAAAACGAGACCGAUCCCAACGAAAUUGCUACCACUGAUUCCAAUGGAUUGCUAUCCGUAUAUCAACCAGGUGAGACCCACCAGGAGAAAGAAGCGAAAAAAUCCGAUGAACAGAGCCAAAAGCAAGACACGGGGUCAUUCUGGGACACGAAAGAAUUGGCAUUGAUGAACAUAGAAACCACGUCCCUGGAAGAGGACAUAUCGACGGUGGCUUCCAAAAAAACAACUGCAUCGCAGAAGACGGCACGAGCUGCCGCCGCGUUUGUCAAGCCCCAUUUGUUGCGAACCGAACGAUACCUGGUACCUACCCGGUGCGCGGUGUGUUCGAAGCUCCUGGUGGGAAUUUUCGGAAAGGGCAUUGGAUUUCGAUGCGAGGUGUGUCACAUCGACUGUUGCAGCGAUUGCCGGCUCCAUGUCGAUCUAAAGGUGCCGUGCGGAUCGGAGCUGGCGACAGACAUAGUAGAAGCUUCCUUUCAGAACAAAAUGAGUCCGUCGGGGUUUCUUUCGUACAUAGCCCCGGACGAAGCCUACGAGCAGAAGCGUCAGUCCAUGCUCGAAGGAGAGGAAGCAUUCGUUCAACCUAGCGGAAGAAUGAAUCCAAGCAGCGCAAUCAUUGCCUCGAAACAGUCACUCGCUAUGACUGGCUAUACGAAAGGAUCGCAAUCGCCCAUGGCGCAGAACGGUGGCACACGGAGUGCAAUCGAAGGGAUUGGUCGCUGUCGGUUUGAAAUUGUUUCUGCCUGUUUGUUCCUGAAAAACACAAAGACCUGGAGCGAUUAUGGUACCGAUGCCGAAACACAACCCCUGAGGAGAGGAGAUUAUUAUGUUCGUGUUUCGAUGACAGAUAGCGAUCGAUCGGCUCGAACGCCCACUCUCCAGAAGACGGGGGGAAUGCCGCACUUUCGAUCGGCAGAGAUGAGGUUUCCCGUGUCGCAUUAUGGUGUUGCAUUCCGGAUAGACGUCGUCGAGGCCGAUAGAGAUACAAUAAUAGGAAGCGCGUUGCUGACGACACAAGGAAUCCUACAGGAGCAGAGGGAUGCUUACAUUGCCGAGCACGGCAUCUCGUUGCUGCAGUUCCUGAACGGUCCUAUUCCAUGGAUGGGAACGCGAAAAAUGAAGCUUCCUCUUCAAUCGGGGAUCAAGGUGGGCGCCAAGACGGAUGACUUCUAUGCUUUAAAUUCGAAAGAUUCCUCGUCGCAGCAAAAAGGUUUGAUAAGCGGAUGGGUAGACGUUUAUGUGGGUGUGGAGGAAUUCUAUAGCCGGAUGUACGGUUCGAAUCCGAUCGAGUGCCCAAAGCGACCCCCAGCGGACCUCAACAUGGCUGUGUUCUCGAAUUGCAUCACCCGCAUCACGGCCAUCAUGGACGACCUGAACUAUGCUAUUUCCCUCUAUCAGUACAUGGUUAGCUGGGAGAAUCCAGUGUGGACCGCCUUUACGUUGAUUGUUUUUCAGUGGCUAUGCCGGCGAUUCAAUUCUGAAUAUAUUGGAAGCUUGCCAAUUUUAUUCUUUGUCCUGUUCCUUGGGUAUUGCGCCUUUCAGCGAAACCAGGGGAAGAUCAAGGGUCGAUAUAUAAAGAAAGAAAUAGAAACAAUGCAAAAAGUAGAAGGAAACUCGGUAGGGUAUGAAAUAUAUCGACCAAGGGGGACAAUAACGGUAACCGUGAGCAAAGGACGCAAUCUACUGUCUCAGGAAUUUGGAAUCGCCGGAAAGACGUCAUGUAAGGUAGUAUGGGAUCCUCUUCGAUUUGCGGACGAAGAUACGAAAGAACGCAUUGUACAGUCCGACAAAUCUGCAGAUGGGUCUUUCGAGAUGGGAAACACCCCCACUAUUUAUACGUCGGAUCCCGAUUGGAACGAGUUGGAAGAGAGUGGCAUCGCAAAAAGGCUAAACCAGCUCCUCCCUUCCACCGCAAACGAUUUCUUCGAAUCCUCAUCUGCAAUUGACACCAGCAGCGAAGUUAAGAGUCUAUCAUUCCCCAUCUUGCAGUCAACCAAUACAGCAGAUCUUCGAACGGAUGAUGGUGAAACACUCGAGCCCUGGGAAUCCAGUCAAGGAGCUAUUGUGAUCCAGGUUCGAUUCCAAGACUUUUUCAACAACAUACCUGGUUUUGAUUACGUCAUGGGUGAAGUAGUUUUUUCUAUCAGGGAGCUGGCGACGGAGGUAGAAGUGAAGGGAUGGUACCAAAUUCUAGAUGUUGGAACUACAACGAAUGUUCGCUUAGAAGAUCAUGAAGUGGACGGGGAGGAUGCAUUUUGUGGCACGACACUGAACCCUCCCAGAAUUUAUGUACAUCUCAAAUGGGACCCUCCAGCAGAAUCUUCUGUUGAUGAUCCCACCGAAACCGAUCGAGAGAUGUCACAUGCCAUUCAAGAGGAACUCGUUCGGUCAAGUAUUCUCAUGAAAGAAAAUAAAGUCAAUUUGGUCGACAGCUCUAUUGGUUCUGUCAGUAAAGCAUUCGGUAUUGGAGGCACUAUUCAAGUCGUUCAGAACACCCUAGGCUCGAUCAUAGACCUGGUUGAGGGAGUUAUGAACCUACUAAACUUUACCGAUCCAUACAAAUCGUCGACAAUCUUUGUCGGCUCGUUUUUAGUUUGGGUUGUGUUUUGCAUCAUUCCUACACGAUAUCUGAUUUUGUCCGCCGGGCUUGUUCAGUACGGAGUAUCGUUCGUUGACAGGUACGGUAAAGCUUUGGGAAUAAUUGGGGGAAAGACACCUGUUGAGUCUACUCUCCAAAUUGAACAUGACAAAAGUUCCAAUGAGGAAGACAAGAACGGAAAGGGAAGUCCUUUUGCGAUCAAGGUUGCUAACGCCAUUCGGAGUAUUCCUACAAACGAGGACCUUCGUAAGGCCUACUUUUGGGAGAGUCGACAACUUGGGACAGCAAAAGCAAAGAAAUAUACAGUUGAGAAACGAGAGUCGAGACUCAAAAAAUUAUGGAAAGCGAAAUGGCAUUCUACAAUGAAGAUUCUUGUCCAGGACAACGAAAUGGAUAACAACCAACAACCAGUAUUCCAAUGGGACUCGGGGUUUGCUGUGGUGCAAGGACAUCGUUUUAUUUGGUGGAAAUCGGUCAAUGACUUCGAUGAUGGUGAGUUGCCGUCUGGAAAAGUUAUCAUGUCGGGCCAUGCUGGACUAGGUGGGCCAUCUCCAAUCGAAAUGAGAAAACUUGAUAAAGAAAAAGAGCUUCCACUUUGCCUUACUAUUUUCGGAAGGGGUAGUGGUGGCCAAGAACGCAUAACAAUGCUUCUUCCUGAAAGAAGUGUGAAACAAAAUCUUGAGAACACCAUUCUUCACUCUGCGUCGUUCAAACGCGAUUGAUUGGCUUGCCUUGGCAGCAGUAAGUACCAUAACUUCUCGUGAUCAGAUUGUAAUAUGAGGAAGAUUCAUUUUGAAAUCAGGAUAAUUCAUAAUGAUCGAGAAUAUGAAAAUAGAAAACAUCAAUGUCAUUUUUGUGGAUUACACUGUCAAUACUACUAGUUUUAAUAGAAUUAAAUACAAGAU